GGACGCCAAAAUACUCUCAUUUUGCCUGACUGCAGUGAUCGUGUCUGCAGUGAGUGGAUGUCCUGUUGGUCAAGAAUUUUUUACCACUUUCUUGACAAACUAUAACCACUGGAAAACUGGAAAACUUCAGCUUGCUAUUACUGCUCAUGAAAAAACAGCCACGGUGAAAGUAUGGUCUCCAUAUUGCACAAAGACCAAGACAGUGCCCAAAGGGAGCACAACUUUUAUCAAUUUACCAGCUAAAGCCGAACUGUCAGGUCCAGGGUUAUCUAACAAAAUUGUCCGUGUUACGUCUGACAGCGACAUCACUGUGGUGACAUCAAAUAUAAAAUCUUUCACCGGAGACAGUAGUGUCAUCCUCCCAACAUCCAACCUGGGCAGGAAGUAUGUAGUGUUCACACCAGAUCCUACAAUUUCAUCUGCUCUUGUUGCUCUCGUAAAUGGUGACAAAGAGAAUGUGGUGGAAAUCCUGCCUGCUGCCUGCAUGAGGGUCAAUAAGAGAGACAAAUGGAAGAGAGGGAGGAAAGUUACCCUCAGACUAAAGCCUAAUCAAGUCUACCAGUUUAUGAGCCGUAGGUCAUUCACUGGCACCAGGAUCACUUCUACACAACCUCUGGCUGUUUUGGUGGGAGACCAAUGUGCUAGACUAGAAGGAACCUGUGAACACGUAUAUGAGCAGCUACUCCCGGUGGAAAGACUUUCUGAUCACUAUUUGGUUCCAGCUAUGGGCAACAAAGACUAUGCCUAUGUUGUUGCAGCUGAUGACAAGACAAAGGUUUCCAUUUCUGGAAAACAGCACCUACUUCAUGCUGGGCAAAAUCUGAAAAUCACAAUGAGAAAAGGUUACCCUGUUAUUGUAAGUAGCAACAAGAGGGUUAUGGUGAUGUACUUUGGAAGAAACCUUCCACACGAUGAGUUUCUGACUAACAUCCUUCCCACCUCUGAGAUGUCAAAUACAUGGUCAGUGUACCCACAAGAAACGUAUGACAACAUAGCUGUCAUCGUCUCGGAGGCUGAGGGCUCAAACACGAUCAGCGGUGUGACCAACUGGAGGCCUUUCCCCUCAGAUAGUCGGUUUGUGUGGGCCAUGAAGCGUCUUGGAAGGAAAAAAAAUCCUGUGUGCUUUAGUGGACAGGCCCUCAUGGCCGUUUAUGUCUUUGGUGGUAAAAAGAGACACGGUUAUGGUACAACUGGGGUGUGCACUUCAGUUUUUGAACCAACUCCACUACCUGACCCUUGUGAUGGCAUCACAUGUCGGGAGAAGGAGGAGUGCAGGGGAGGUAAAUGUGUUCACACAUCAGAGGAUACCUGCUCGGCUCUUGGUGAUCCCCAUUACAGAACCUUUGAUGGGAAACGCUACGACUUCCAAGGCACCUGCACCUACACCAUGGCCGAGGUUUUGAAAAAAGAGGCAGGCCUUGUUCCCUUCACAGUCCUGGCCAAGAACAACCACAGAGGCAACAAAUGGGUGGCGUAUGUCAGGAAGGUCACGGUCACUGUGUACAAUCACACCGUGACCAUCAGCGAAAAAAGGGCCAGAGUUGAGGUGGACGGUGAAAUUGUUUACCUGCCUGUGAGUCUAGCAGGGGGAAAGCUCCAGGUGGUCCAGAGAGGCAGGAAUGCCGUUUUGACAACAAAGUUUGGGCUGAAAGUCACAUACGACUGGAAUACGAUGCUGCGCAUCACGGCACCAAGCAGCUACUUCAGUACACUGGGCGGAUUGUGUGGGAAUUACAACGGUGACCGCAAGGAUGAAUGGACCAGCCGCACUGGAAGUCGACUCUCCUCAGCCCUCGAGUUCGCAAAGAGCUGUAAAGUGUCGGAUAGAGAUCUGUUCUGCCAUGACAACUGUCGUGGGAAAUGCCCCAGUUGCUUGCCAGCACAGAAGAAUAAAUUUAGUGGAGUGAAGUACUGUGGCCUCAUCACCGACACCAACAGUGUAUUUGCUAAAUGCAUACCCGAAGUUGACCCUGGCAUGUACUUCGACAACUGUGUGUAUGACAUCUGCAUCAAUAAAGGCAUCAAAAGCUUCCUCUGUGACAACAUUGAAAGUUAUGCCGAUACAUGCAUGGCUGCGGGCAUCAAGAUUGAUGGCUGGAGAACUCUUGCAAACUGUCCCAUGGACUGUCCUGCAAAUAGCCACUAUGAAGCAUGUGGGUCAGCGUGCGCAGCCUCCUGUGCUGAGAGAAACGCCCCGUCCACAUGUAAGGAGCCCUGCGUAGAGGGCUGCCAGUGCAACAAGGGCUUUGUGCUCAGUGGUGAAACGUGUGUGCCAGUGAGCUCAUGUGGCUGUACCAGUGGAGGGCGCUAUUACCCUGCAGGGCAGACAUUUUGGACUGACAACACAUGCACUAAAAAAUGCACAUGUACGUCUGGAACCCCGCAGUGCGUUGCUACCAAGUGCAAGAGUUCUGAAGUGUGUUCUUUGAGGAACGGUGUGAGAAACUGUUACCCGCUGUCUUAUGGUACCUGCCGUGGCUCCGGUGACCCACACUACCGCUCGUUUGAUGGAAAGAAAUUUGACUUCCAAGGAACAUGCACAUACCUCUUGUCCAAAGUAAUCAGCACUACAGAUCCUGCUCUGGAACCCUUUGAGGUGCAGGUCCAGAAUGAGAACAGAGGUGGAAACACUGCGGUGGCGUACACCAAGACAGCCUUGAUAAAAGUGUAUGAACACACCAUUAUUUUGAGCAGCGACAAUCCCGGCAGAGUGAAGCUAAAUAACGUGUUUGUAAACCUGCCACUGACACUGGAAAAUGGACGACUGUCUAUUUUCCGAAGAGGCCGGGCUGGAGUGGUCAAAACUGAGUUUGGCCUGGAAAUGCAGUUUGAUUGGAGAAGCUAUGUGUCAGUUACUGUCCCAAGCACCUACCAUGGAGUGCUAGGUGGUCUGUGUGGAAACUUCAACGGCCAUGGAAACGAUGACAUGCUCACACCCAACGAAACCCCUGCCAAAAAUCCUACAGAGUUUGGUAAAAGCUGGAAAGUGAAGGAUGACCCUCGGUGCAAAGACACAUGUGAAGGAAAGACAUGCUAUGAGUGUGACAUCAAUUCAGAGCAGAAUGAGCCAUUCCGAAAACACUGCAGCAUCCUCACAGACAAGACUGGUCCCUUCAAGGAUUGUCACAGCAAAGUGAAUCCAGAGCAGUACUAUGAAGACUGUGUUUACGACAUGUGCAUGUAUAAGGGUCACUCCUCUGCACUUUGCAAUGCCCUCAGCACGUACACCUCUGUGUGCCAGGACGCAAAAGCCAGGAUCAAUGUUUGGAGAACAGAGUCACUUUGUCCGCUGGAUUGCAAAGCAAACAGCCACUACGAGCUUUGCCCGUCCAGCUGUUCUGCAAUGUGUCGUGGAACUGAGGAGCCCGAAGACUGUGAAAACACCCCCUGCAGUGAGGGCUGUGAGUGCGAUGACGGCUUUGUGCUGAGUGACGGACAGUGUGUGCCAGAGGAACAGUGUGGUUGUGCGCACAAAGGCCGCUACUACCAGCAAGGCCAGGUGUUCUUCCUCAAUGACCAGUGCAAGGGCCGUUGUGUGUGUGGAAACGAUGGAAAGGUUCAGUGCCAACCUGAUUUCUCCUGUGGGCCUGACGAAGUGUGCCGCAUCCAGGACGGGAUCAAGGACUGCUUCCCCACCACCAAAGCCACCUGCUCAGUAUGUGGAAUGGGACACUAUCACUCCUUUGACAACAAGGACUUCAGCGUUCCUGGCAACUGUGUGUACAAAAUGGCAGAGGUCACCGAAGACAAUGAUGGUAAGAGGGUUCCUUUCAGUGUGGUAGUCCAUCAAGAAUCUGCGGCCAAUGAUCCAACCAUUACCCGUAGUGUCCAAAUAGAAGUCAGUGACUACAACAUCGUCAUGCUUCCUGGAAGAAUCUGGGAAGUAAUGCUGAAUGACAUCCGAGUGAAUCUCCCUCUCCAAUUGGACGACGGGAAUGUGCGAGUCUAUCAGAACGGAUUGGUCAUCAUUCUGCAGACUAACUUUGGCUUGGAGGUGACCUAUGACACCACCUCCAUGGUUAGAGUGGAAAUGCCAUCCUCUUACAAAGGCGUGCUGCUGGGCCUCUGUGGAAACUACAACGGCAACCCGGCCGAUGACUUCGCCUUACCUGGAGGUGCCCAGGCCUCCUCGGCAGAAGCGUUUGCUGAGGGCUGGGUCGUGAAUCAGAAGGGUGUGAAAUGUCAGACAGGCUGUGGGUCCCAGUGCCCUACUCCACCACCAGAACAGCAAAAGAAGUCCAGAAAGUUGUGUGACAUCUUGAAAGACAAAAACGGUCCCUUUUCAAAGUGCCACGCAACUGUACCACCACAAGAGUACUUUGACAAAUGUGUGAAAGACCUUUCGGAGCAAGGGGGCAGUAAAGAUGUUCUUUGCCAACACUUGCAGAACUACGUUACCGUCUGUCAGGAAUCUGGGGCUUCAGUUUACUGCUGGCGAAAUAAAACAUUUUGUCCGAUGACGUGCCCAAAGAACAGUCAGUAUGAGCUCUGUGCCGAUACCUGCUCCACUACCUGUGCCAGUCUCACUACGCCUCAGAAGUGCUCACAUUGCCAGGAGGGAUGCGAGUGUGAGGAUGGUUUUGCCUUUGAUGGUGGAGAAUGUAAGCCACUGGGAAAAUGUGGCUGUGUGGUUGACGGACACUAUUACAAGUCUGGGGAGACAGUGGUGAGUGAAGACUGCCUGGAUAAGUGCACCUGUAUAGAUGGUGUGUUUUCAUGUGAAAAAUCAGAGUGCACAACGGAACAAGUCUGUGACAUCAGGGAAGGAGUAAGAAACUGCUAUGAGGCGGCUUGCACAAAGAAGACUGUGGCUGAUAUUGUCUUUCUGGUUGAUGGAUCUGGGAGUGUUAGACUUGAGAACUUCAAGCGUAUCCGGGUAUUCCUCCACACUCUGGUAGACGGCUUUGAUGUUGAUCCUGAUUAUGUUCGGAUUGGCAUGGUGCAGUACAGCCACACACAACGCACAGAGUUCAGUCUCAACACCUAUCAGAAUAAAAGACAGGUACUUGAGUACAUUGACAAGCUGUCAUACAUGAGGGGGGGCACGAGGACUGGCUUGGGGCUGGACUUCAUCCUGAAGAAGCACUUUGUGGAAAGCGCAGGAAGCCGCGCCAAAGAGAAAGUGCCCCAGAUUGCUGUUGUCAUAACAGAUGGCAAGUCAGGGGACAAUGUCAAGUCAUAUGCAGAGAACCUGAGGAAUCAGGGGGUCACCCUUUACGCCAUCGGCAUCAAAAAUGCAGACAAGUCGGAGCUGACAGAGAUUGCCAGUGCACCUCAUGACCAGCACGUGUACAGUGUCUCUGACUUCACUGCUCUUCAGGGCAUCUCUAAGAAGAUCGUACAGAUGCUGUGCACCGACGUGAUGGCCGGUGCCCCGUCCUCUCAAUAAAUAGGAGUGCUGUAUGAAGAUUGGAGAGAACUGUGCAUUCGUCACGUCAUGCCAAAGUCUAAGGCGGCAUAUCAAUAUGCUUACAAAUGUAGUACUACUUAUUUGCAAUACUGUGUAAUCACAUGUACUCUUUAUCUAUCUGUAAUAAACAUAUCUAGUCAUGCAUAA